GGGUGUCGCCGGGAUCGCUCUGUUGACCGGUGGCGGCUGGGGCCGCCUCUCUGGUGAGCAGCCCUGAGGAAAGCGGCGGGGCGGGCUGCUCUCCGCGGGCAGCGCAUCUCAGGGCGGAGCAGAGCCUUCUGACGUCGGACGGCAGUGCCUCGACUGCCUGCCGCCGGCGCUGAAUGGAGACCAAUUGCAGUCCUGUGGAGUUGCCUAAUAACACAGAGUUUGAAGAGGAUCCUGAUUAUAGAGAAUUUGAAGGAACAGAUGUGAAAGAUAUGAGACUAGAAGCUGAAGCUGUUGUGAAUGAUGUUCUGUUCGCUGUCAGCAACAUGUUUGUCUCGAAAACCCUUCCUUGUGCUGAGGAUGUGGCAUAUAUCAAUGUGGAAACCAGGGAAAGGAACAGAUACUGCCUGGAGCUCACCGAAGCAGGACUCAGGGUAGUAGCUUAUGAUUUUGAUCAGGCUGAUGACAGAUUGCAAACUCCAUACCAUGAAACUGUCUACUCCUUACUGGACUCUCUCAGCCCUGCAUAUCGAGAGGUGUUUGGGAAUGCAUUACUACAAAGACUAGAAGCUUUGAAGAAAGACAGUCAGUUGUGAUUUACCCACAUGCAAGGAAGUUUUCAUCUAGAAAGAACUGUUAAUAUGAGGCUCCGAGAUCUUUCUUACAAACGUAAUCACAAGCAUCUUAAGCUUCAUUUUUUACAUUAAUAUCCCAUUCAUGCUAGUAAUACUCUGUAACAUUUUGCUACAAUGGAUUUGCAUAUAUCACAGUGCUAUUAAAAGCCCCUUUGAUAAAUAACAAGCAUUUCUUAAUUUUACUUUUUUGUUGUAUGUGAGCAGGUUGCUUCUUACAACCUUCAAAAAAUUUGGUCUCUUUUCAGAGUUACUAUCCAAACUUUAAAAAAAGAGAGUGAAUGUUUAAUAUACAAGUAUUAAUUUUUGUGUUUGUGCUUACUGAUAGUUUUUCAUAUCUGCUCUUUAAAAUAGAAGCUAACUACUUGCUCUACCCAAAUAAUGAAAAAUAAUUGGGAAAACUACUGUUCUGCAAAGAACAGAAUUUCAGCUUAAUUUGCUGCACAUUUGUUAACAAGAAAGAUGGUUCUUCAACAGUCAAACAUUGCUUAUAUAGUGACAGUAUUUGAGUUAAAAGCAAGCUUCAGUUUUAUCUGAUCAGUCCUCGUCUAUAGCAACCAGCAAUUUCCAAAUAAUAAAUGAGAUGUACUGCUAAUAUAUGAAUGUAUUGUCUGAAUUGCAAGAGUUAAGCACAGAGUUUGGAUGUAAUGGGCUACCUUUCCUAAAUAUGGUGUUAUAUAUGCUAUAUAUAUGUAUGUUAUAUUGUAACUGGGAGGCUUGCAAGACAUUUUAGCCUGUUUACUACUCUGAAUGUGUGUUUACAUGAUGUACAGGAUAUAUCGAAGAGUAUUUUUGCUUCAGCCUUUACUUUCUAUAAUACAGUACUUUGGUACUCCUGUUUUUCACAUUUUAUCCUUCAAUUGUACAGCGUCCUCUCCUAAUGAAUACUAUGUAAGCACUGUAAUUUUAAUUGCAUUGUAUUGGUUUGAAACCAAAGGCGGUAUGAAAUUUGCUAAGACUAAUACAAACUGGAAGAGAUAACUUGUAUUUUCUACUUGCAAACUGGUACAAAUCUCUUUAUGAAUCUAUUGUUCUGCUGUAACUUUUCAAGUAUGUACUGAAUGGUAGACUUUUUAAAAUUACAGUUGGUUAGAAAUACUGUUGAACUAACAUUCUGUGAUUAUCAUACUUUUUGUAUUCUUGUAUUAUUCAGUAUUUGUGCAUAUUUAUUUAAAUAAUCCCACCAUGCUUUUGUAACAGGUAGGUGCAGUAGCUUUUUGGGGCCACACUUAGAGAUACAUCAGUUUUCAUGAAGUCACAGAUUCCAGUGACUUCAGUAGAGCUAUAUUGUCUUCUACCUGCUAAGGGUUAUUUGUGUUAAUUGGAGAAGCCUUGUAGUGGUUUUGUAGUAGCUUUGGGGUAGUGAUGUACAGCUGUGACUGACAAGAUAACUGUAGUUAGUGCUUCUGCUUUCCAGAGCUUGUUAUCAUUUUAGGUUGAAACUUCUGAUAUUAAUCCUCUGCCCUAGGGUAUGCUUCCAUGCUGUAAAAAUUGUUCAUAGGCUCUCUUUUGCACACAGGUAUGUGGUAUGUGGUUAGUCCUCUGUGAGGAGAAUGUACUCAAAUUUAUAUUUGAAUAUUUUUCCGUGCAACUAAUUUACUUGAUGAAUUUCAGUAACUAAAGCAUUAAAUAAGUAAA